AUGCAGGCCACUCCCAAAGGCCUCACUGCAGAGCUGGACACCGCACCCCAUCCGAGGCCCGUUCCCGCCUUCCCCACACCUAACCCGGAGGCCUUGCGGCUGCCAGCCAGGGGAGGGACCCGCGCGGAGGCCCCCCCACCGCCCCACUUUGCAACUGCGCAGAUUCCAGAGCCCGAGUCUGUAAAAUGUGGAGAGCCCGCCUUCCACACGGGCACGGUCCGGCUGAAAGCCUGCACACAGGGCUGGCGGCGGCCCACCAAGGUCAGCUCCCGCUCCGCACACACGUGGGGCCUGGGACAGAGGACAGACGUCAGCGCCCUGGCCACCAAGAGCCAGCGGGCCCCAGCCCUCCUGCACACUCACGCUGGGGCCGCCUCGUCCCCAGCCAUGCCGGCCUCAGAGAUGGCCCCUGAGCUGCGGGUGCCAGGCACGUGGCUGGGCCGCUACGGCCAAGCGCCCGACUGUGUCAGAGACCCAGGGACAAAGCUGCCCAAGGCCCAGGGGCUCCCGCCGUCCAGCGGAGCCCUCCCCGCCCGCUACUCACAGGCCCGGCUGCAGGCGGAGCAGGGCGCCCGCGGGCCCCGCGGGGAGCAGCAGCACCAGAGCCAGGGCCACCGCGCGCCCCGCCGCCCUCGCCUCCGGGAGGACGGGCAUCGUGCCCGAGGCCCCGCGCCGGGUCCCCGCUCCGGUCCCCCGCUCACAGGAGGCCCCGGCGGGCCCUCGGAGCCGCCGCCUCCACGUGCGCCAUGGCCCGGGGACGCGCAGGGCGCAGCCGCAGGUGCCCGCCGAGCCCGCGGGCGCCGCAGGUGCGGAAGGUCCGGCUUCCCCGCCCGCCCGCCUCCGCCUCGCGCCACACUGCGCGCCCAGCCGGGUCGCCGGAGCCCGCCCGCCUUUGCCACGCCCCCGGCCCAGACCCCCGCCCGGGCCCCGCCCCCCGCCCUGACCCCGCCCCGGCCCCUCCCAGGUCCCCGCGACCAGCCCCGCCCCCAGCCCGCCUCGGGUCCUCGCCCCCAGUCUUCGCGCUCCCGCUCCUCUCUGGCUCCUGGAGGCAGAGGGCUGCUCAGCCCUGGGAGGGGCCACGGUGAAUCCACGCUGUUGGAGCCAGAGAUGGGGGCCAUCCCGCCGGCACACAGCGGUGGGAAAGGCGUCAGGCCCCGAAACGGCUCCAGGGUGGUGGAGACCGCCUGUUCCAGCAAGAGCAAACACCACGCCAUUCACACCAAGGACCGGGGUAUCGUGGGCUGCAUCGUGUCUCCAAAAGAAUAG